UCAAUCCGAACCCCAGCCGCUCUGCUCAUUGUUGCUCCAUCUGCUUUCAUUGUGCAAGUUAACUGCCUUCUACAACUACUGCAAAUACUACUACUACUACUGCAAAUACUGCAAAUACUACUACUACUACUACUACAGCUGCUGCUGCUUCUUCUUGUGGAUUUGUUGCGUCUCUGUUUCGUGGCUCGUGGAGUUUUUUUCUUUUCCUCUCGAGUGUUUUGGAGGAUUCACAGAUGCAGGUCGGGACUCGAGGGUGUUUUCGGGCGAGCGUUGGCUGUGGUUCUGGGGAUGACUGAACCAAACCCAUGGGACAUCAGGACCAUGAGGAGACCGCCCACAGUCCCGCUCUGGACUCCGGUCCGGACUCCGGUCUGGACCUGGUCUACCUGCACCUGACGGGCCCCUCCCCCGCCGCCCCCCCCCCGACAUGGAGGAGCGGGCGAGCGAGCCGCGGGACCAGGGGGAGGAGAGAGAGGACGGGUCUGAACCGGGACUCAACCAGGUCAAGUCCUCGCACCAGCCCCUGUGCAGGUCCCAGUGUGUGGACCUGGGACCAGAGGGACCCCCGGAUCUGAACCAGGACCCGGACCUGAACCAGGACCCGGACCUGAACCAGGACCCUGAUCUGAACCAGGACUCAAACAGCGGAGACCUGGUCCCUCCAGAUCCUCCGAGUUCCCCGGAGCCCGCGGGCCCGUCCCCGGCGCCCACAGCAGGGGGCAGCAGAGAGUUCCAGGCCAAACUGGACUUCGCUCUUAAACUGGGCUACGGCGAGGAGACGGUCCGCGCCGUCCUCACCAAACUCGGACCGCAGACGCUCAUCAACGACGUGCUGGGGGAGCUGGUCAGACUCGGGACCAAACCGGAGCCCGACCAGGAUCUGGGCUCCGGACCGGGCUCCGGACCGAGCUCCGGUCUCGGGUCCGGCCCGGGGUCUUCGUGCGGCUGCGCAGAGGACGGACGAGGAGACUCGCCGGCGCCGACCGAAAGCGACCAAGAAAAUCUGAGACCGAUUGUGGUCGACGGAAGCAACGUGGCCAUGAGUCAUGGAAACAAGGAAGUGUUCUCGUGCCAGGGCAUCCAGCUCGCUGUUGAUUGGUUCCUGGAGCGAGGUCAUCGUGACAUCACCGUGUUUGUCCCGGCCUGGAGGAAGGAGCAGUCCCGCCCCGACGCGCCCAUCACCGAUCAGGAGAUCCUUCGUGUGCUGGAGAAGCAGAAGUUGUUGGUGUUCACUCCGUCUCGUCGGGUUCAGGGACGCCGCGUCGUCUGUUACGACGAUCGCUUCAUCGUGAAGUUGGCGUUCGAGUCGGACGGCGUCAUCGUCUCCAACGACAACUACCGCGACCUCGCCAACGAGAAACCCGAGUGGAAACGCUUCAUCGACGACAGACUCCUCAUGUACAGCUUCGUCAACGACAAGUUUAUGCCUCCAGACGAUCCUCUGGGACGACACGGACCGAGUCUCGACAACUUCCUCCGAAAACGUCCCGUCAUCCCAGAGCAGAAGAAACAGCCCUGCCCCUACGGUAAAAAGUGCACUUAUGGACACAAGUGUAAAUAUUAUCACCCGGAGCGAGGAGCUCAGCCUCAGAGAUCCGUCGCCGAUGAACUCAGAGCCAGCGCCAAAAACCCGACCAAGAACCAGAACAAGACCCAGUCCAAGGUCCAGACCAAGACCCAGACCAGGACCCAGACCGACCCGGGUCUGGUCAAGUCCCACAGCGUCCCGACGGCAGAGACCCAGAGGAGCGGAACCAAACGCCAAUCUGACCCCAACGUGCGAGCCCUGUCCUACGGAGACGCCGAGGUUUAUGUUGAGGAUCGUUUGUUUCAGCCUCAGAGCAGAACCUUGUCCCCGGCUCCAGGUGGGCCCCCGACCGUCGCCCCCGUGCCCCAGGACGAGCCCCCGCCCCCUGACCCGCCGUACCCCCACUGCCCCUCGCCCGACUACUACAGCGUCACCCGGGCCUUCGCCAGCCUCUCCGUCGCCUCCAGACCCAACCCGGACUACAGACCGGACCUCAGACCGGACCUCAGACCGGACCUCAGACCGGACCUCAGACCGGACCUCAGACCUGACCUCAGACCGGACCUCAGACCGGACCUCAGACCGGACCUCAGACCGGACCUCAGACCGGACCUCAGACCAGACCUCAGACCGGACCUCAGACCAGACCUCAGACCGGACCUCAGACCGGACCUCAGACCGGACCUCAGACCGGUCCAGGACCAGGACUACAGGCUGGGGUCUCUCGGGUCUAUGGGCUCCGCCGGGUCUGAAUGUGGCAGCGAAAGCAGCAGCUGCGACUCGUGUCCGACCGAAUCUUCCAUGGACGAUUUCCACUACCCGCCCUCGCGGAUGUACCCGCCCCCGCCCGACUACUGCGCCCACGCCCACCUCGAGUACCCGCACCUGCCCCCUGCCCACCUGUCUCACCUGUCGCACCUGGACGCCCUGCCCAAGCGCCCGCUGUACCCCCUGCCCCCCCACCUGCACCACCGGCCGCUCUCCGCCCGCUCCAGCUGCCCGGGCGACUACCUCCACGCCCCCGCGCCCUCCGUGCCCGCGCCCCGCUCCCCCCUCGCCCCGGCCCGCCCCGAGAGCAGCUCCGACCCGCACCUGUACCCCCACCCCCACCCGCGCCCCAAGACCCUGCCGCACUGGGACACGUGUUACCGCCCCCCGCUGGCGUCGGCGCGCUACGACUCGUCCUGUUACUGGGAGAGUUACGGCUCGCGCUUCCACCCGCCGCCGCACGCCGCCGCCGCCGCCGCCACCCACCCGUACCCGGAGCAGAGCGCCGUCCUGGGCCGCACGGGCCGCUCCCUGCCCCCCUACCCCCCGCCAGGCCCUGUCGCCCGGUUUGAGGAGGCGCGGUACGAGGAGGCGCGGUACGAGGACGGGCGGUACGAGGAGGCGCGGUACGAGGAGGCGCGGUACGAGGACGCGCGGUACGAGGACGCGCGGUACGAGGACGGGCGGUACCCUCGUGACGCCCGCUACGCCGACGCCCGGGACAAGACUUACAUAAACCUGUGUAAUAUUUUCCCGUCGGAGCUGGUGCGGCGGGUGAUGUCGCGCUCGCCGCACGUCACAGACCCACAGACGCUCGCCGCCGCCAUCCUGGCAGAAAAGACUCAGAGCGGAUUCUGAUCGAUUCUGAUCGAUUCUGAUCGAUUCUGAACGAUUCUGAACGAUUCUGAUCGAUUCUGAACGAUUCUGAACGAUUCUGAACGAUUCUGAUCGAUUCUGAUCGAUUCUGAUCGAUUCUGAUUCUGCCACAGUCACACACGAGUCUUUAGACUUUGGGCUGAAACUGCAAAGGCUCAUGGGAAAAACUGAACAUGUACAUGAACUAAAGCUGCACUCUGUAACUUUUCUGUACCAGCUUGUCUCCAUGGAGAUGUGACUCCUGUGCCUGGAAUGUUCCACACUGUGGCAUUACAUGUUUGCAUGUCUACAGCUGUGUUCACUUCCACACAACAGGCUCGCCUCUCCACAGAUCUGAUCUGUCACAUGGUCACAUGUCUCCAGAAAGAUAAACAGGUUUAAUGCCGCACUGUGGAACAUCCUCCACAACAACAAUCCCGUCUCCACGGUGACAAGAAAAAGAACAACUGAAGACAGAGAUUCUCCUGUGACUCUGGCCCAAGUACAAAUACAAGUACAUGUGUGUGUAUCUGUACUCGAGUACAUGUGUCUGUAUUCGAGUACAUGCGUCUGUACUCGAGUACAUGUAUCUGUACUCGAGUACAUGCGUCUGUACUCGAGUACAUGUGUCUGUACUCGAGUACAUGUAUCUGUACUCGAGUGCAUGUGUCU